AUGGGCAAUGGCUUCGGCGGUGCCGGUUUGAAUGAAGCUGGUAUGACGAGCGGUCCUUUCGGUAAUACCGGCUUUGGUGGAUUCGGAGGUGGAGAAAAUUCAGUAGAGGAAGGAACAGGCAGAUCGCCGUCAGGCCCACGUGUAGGUUCCGGCGGUGGCUUCAGCGGAGAGGCUGGGCAACCUCCGAGAACAAGUUUCGGUGGACAUGGCGGUAGCGGCUUUGGCGAUGGUCAUUUCGGUGGAGUAGGUUUUGGUGGAGGUCAUUUCAGUGGUGGUAAUUUUGGUGGUGACUUCAGCCGCACCACUUCAAGUGGUGGUCAUCGUUGGAACAACAUGCCCUCGCGGGGACCGCCAUCACUAGGGAUGCCGGGAGGAGGGGCCGGACGGGUCAGCAGUGGAGAAAGUCCGGAAGAAGAAGGUGCGCUGCACCUUGACCCUUAG